UUACCGUCAAAUUUCAUCCCUUUCUUAUUAGCAUCACCCAAUAAUUAUAAUAAACUAAUAAUGUAGACCACCACCACUAUGCGCAUUGCACACCCCACAUCCGCCGGCGAGGCUCCGGGGACCUCCAUGGACGUUGACGAGUCACAGACGAGUCUAUACAGAGCUCUGGUCGAUCGGUGCCAGAGUUUGGAGGCGAGUCACUCGAGGCUGAGAGAGCAGUUGGACGAGCUGGUGCAAGAGAUCAAGACGAACAAGGAGGAGAGAGAGAUGGAGGUGGGGAUCGAGGAAGUUGGUUUAGACUCCUGGUGUGGUGGUUUUCCGGGGUUCUUCGUUGAUGGGAGUCCGUAUAGGAGGGCUUUGGAGUGUAUGGGUCACGCUGUUCACGUUUGCAGAGCUUCUUCCGGGGAGAUCCUAUACUGGAAUCAUUCAGCCGAAAGGCUCUAUGGAUGGAAAGAAUAUGAAGUCCUUGGACAACAAGUUGCCGAAGUCCUAGUUGAUGAAGAAUACUACGAACCUCUUCAGAAAAUCAUGGACAGCUUGAGCAGUACUGGGCAAUCAUGGUCAGGUCAGUUUCCAUAUAAGAAGAGGUCCGGUGAAAUAUUUAUGGCGAUAGUGACAAAAAGCCACUUGUAUGAGGAUGGUGUGCUUGCUGGUUUUAUCACUGUUUCAAGUGAUGCUGCAUUAUUUAACAGUAUUAUAUGUUCCGAGAACCCGAGAACACGUGAUCAGGAUCGUGCCGGCCAAGAUCGUCAUCAACCGGCCAGAGUACUGCAGGGGUUAAACUUGAAAGGGAUUCAGUGGCCUCAAAAUUUCUAUUGCGGAGGCAUGGAGAUUAUACGUACUGCAGUGCAUGUGACUCGUCUAUGCACACGGACCAGGACACUGCAUGAGACACUGAAGGCAGCAAAGGUCUUGGCAAAGCUGCGCAUUAAGGGAACUGGGAAACGUGGAGAAGAAGAUGAUGGAGUUAUUCAAGAAAAUGAUGCUACAGAUUCGACGGAAAUAGCCUCAUGCCACUACAGUACUAGGGGUACAGAGGGAACAUAUUCUAAUGUAUACUAUAAUGGGCAUAGAACGUCUCCCAAUGAAUUUGAAGAUCAGACUUCUCUUCAUGUAGCCGCUUUAGGGGAGUGUACUGAGUGUUUUAGAUUACCGAGACCUGGAGAUCCAUUGCCAAGAAUAGGCUGCCAAGUCGACGCGAAGGAAAUGGAACUCCAAGUUUCAAACUUGAAAGCUUCGGAGAUAGAAGAUGAAAUGCAAGAACAAAAAGAUGAUAAACGGCUCCCAAGCUCAGCGGAGACGAUGGGCAGCGAUGGAAGCUCAUCAAGCAAAGGGGAGAAUGAGUCGAACUCUUUAGUAGAUUGUGAGAUUCGCUGGGAAGACCUAUACUUCGGGGACGAGAUUGGGCAAGGUUCCUAUGCCAUUGUUUAUCGUGGAAUUUGGAAUGGAUCGGAUGUUGCCAUUAAGGUUUACCUGGGAAAUGAAUAUAGCGAGGGAACUUUACAGGACUACAUGAAAGAGAUUGAUAUAAUGAAGAGACUAAGACAUCCAAAUGUACUGCUGUUCAUGGGAGCAGUAUAUACACAGGAGCGGCUUGCAAUUGUCACAGAGUUCCUACCCAGAGGAAGCCUUUUCAGAACUCUUCACAAGAACAGUCAGGCAUUAGACAUAAGACGGCGUCUGAGGAUGGCUCUUGAUGUUGCAAGAGGAAUGAAUUAUUUGCACCACAGACAUCCACCAAUAGUACAUAGAGACCUAAAAUCUUCUAACCUGCUUGUUGAUAAAAACUGGACUGUCAAGGUUGGAGACUUUGGCCUUUCAAGGCUAAAGAACUCGACAUUUCUAACAGCAAGAUCUGGGAGAGGCACACCUCAGUGGAUGGCCCCAGAAGUCCUUCGAAAUGAACCUUCAAACGAAAAAUCUGAUGUUUUCAGUUUUGGUGUCAUCCUGUGGGAACUAAUGACAGAAUCCAUUCCAUGGAACAAUCUAAAUUCCUUACAGGUUGUUGGAGUUGUAGGAUUCAUGGAUAGAAGAUUAGACCUACCACAAGGCCUUGAUCCCCCGAUAGCAUUCAUCAUCCAAGACUGUUGGCAAAGGUACGUACGUACUAAUCCAGAACAGCGUCCAUCGUUUCAAGAUGUAAUCCAGAGAAUGACGGCCCUAAUCGCGAGUACUGCUGCAGUUUCAACCCGAAGGAGCAGUACUACAGAAACUUAA